GGCUCACACCUGGCCAACAAAAACUCGAGCUAAGUGAGAGUUGCGGUAUAUAAGAGGGUGAGCCACCAGCACAACACAUCUUCCUCACCAUGAAGCUCCUGGUACUGGUCUCGUUGCUGGCAACGGCUGUGUCAGCCGCCCCUCAGGGCUACAACGCACCUCAGGGCUACAACGCCCCUCCGAUCUACACGCCCGGAGGCCACGGGGGACCCAUCAGUGGCUGCCGUAACGGAGAAGUUCUCAACGUGGAUGGAACCUGCACCUUACCAAAGGUCACACAGAAGAUCUUUGUGUUCACUGCACCUGAGCAGCCUCAAGUCAUUCCCCCACCACCCCCUAUCCCCCAGCCUGAACUGAUCAACAACGUUUUGUUCGUUCGCGUUCCUGAACAGAAACCAGAACCUGAGCCCAUCGUUCUGGGCCCUCCUUCUGUCAACAAUGUCGUAUACGUACUCAACAGACGCCGACCUAACCUGGGCCAGAAGGUCAUCGAGGUCCCAGCGCCACCACCCAAGACUCCUGAGGUGUACUUCAUUAACUAUGAUGACGGCGACAACCCACAAUUACCCGGUGGUCUUGACCUUCAGACUGCUCUCAACUCCGCUGCAAGUGCCGGAGGGCAAGCCAUCGUAGGUGGAGGAGGUGGUGGUGGUGGAAUAGUAGUAGGUGGAGCAGGAGGAGGAAUUGGUUUGGGAGGAGGAUUCUCUGACGGGGCUGGAUUUGGUUUCGGAGACAAUGGUUUCGGAAACGCUGGCUUUGGGUUCGGUGGUGACUUUAGCGAUGAGCAUGGCGGUUACUUAAGUGGCGGCGGCAGCGGAGGAAGUGGCAUCUUCCUUGGUGGUGCCGGCGGCGGUGGUGGUGGAGGAAGCAUCUUCCUUGGCGGCGGCGGAGGCGGCGGCGGUGGUGGUGGUGGUGGCGGCGUCGUGGUCCAGCCCACAGGUUUGUACUCCCCGCCCUAGAUGCGCCCUGGCCACCCAUGCCUACUCUGUUAACCAUCAGGGCCUUAGCCUAGCCCUGCUGACCCUCACUAAUACUUGUGAUCCAACAUUAUAGAAUAUUUAUUUUUUUUAAAGGGGAUCUGCGCUUGGUGCGAUGUCUAGUCAGUCCCAGAAUUCCAUGUUUAAUAUUCCUCACUAUAAAUAUAUCGUAUCUUCUUCUAUGUUA